AUGCUGCUGCUCUCUGCCAUGAUCACUCAACAUCAGCUUAUGAAGAUUCUGUCCGACCGGAGGAGACGCUUGCAGGAUCAGGACUCCCGCCAGCCGAACCGACCGGCGGCAGGCGACCUGGCGGUGGUGGUGGUCCAGGGUGUCGAGGUGUCCUCCUCCCCCUCCUCCCCCGAACCGAACGUGUACCUCCCGGAGCCGCUGCGCCACAGCGUCCGUGGCACGUGGGCCGUCUCCCAGAUGCUGGGGUCUCCGGACGUCGCCGCCCUCAUGUUCGUCUACCCGCGACAGCCGGACCUGCUGACGCGCUACAUCCAGGCUGCCAACCUCGACGUGCACGGGGGGGAGGGCAACGUCGAGGCCCUCGCCUGGCUAGGCCCGACCGUCGACUGGCCCCUGUUCGGACAGUGCUUCGCCGAUCAGCAUGUCGAGAGGCUCGUGGGCGCAGAAGCAGGAUUGCAAGACUACGAGAUGAUGGCCGUCAUCCGACGUCGACGAUGA